AUGGGCGCCGGUGGUCCCCGGCCAGGAGAGGGCCCCCCAGACGGCGGCUGAGGCUGGGUGGUGCUGGGCGCCUGCUUUGUGGUCACGGGCUUCGCCUAUGGCUUCCCCAAGGCCGUGAGCGUCUUCUUCCGCGCGCUCAUGCGGGACUUCGGCGCGGGCUACAGCGACACCGCCUGGGUGUCUUCCAUCAUGCUGGCCAUGCUCUACGGAACGGGCCCCGUGUCCAGCAUCCUCGUGACCCGCUUUGGCUGUCGCCCAGUGAUGCUGGCCGGUGGGCUGCUGGCUUCGGCCGGCAUGGUCCUCGCUUCCUUCGCCACCCGCCUCCUGGAGCUGUACCUGACGGCUGGGGUGCUCACAGGGUCCCGCUCUACGCAGCGCCCCUGGCCCCCCCCGGGCGCCCGGCCCCGCCGGCGCCUGCUGGACGUGGCGGUGUGCGCUGAACGCGCCUUCGUCGUGUAUGCGGCCACCAAGUUCCUGAUGGCGCUCGGGCUCUUUGUGCCCGCCAUCCUGUUGGUGAACUACGCCAAGGACGCGGGCGUGCCUGACGCUGAAGCCGCCUUCCUGCUCUCCAUCGUGGGCUUCGUGGACAUCGUGGCGCGGCCGGCGUGCGGCGCCCUCGCGGGCCUGCAGCGCCUGCGCCCGCGCGUCCCCUACCUCUUCAGCCUGGCGCUGCUUGCCAACGGGCUCACGGACCUGAGCAGCGCGCGCGCGCGCUCCUAUGGCGCCCUCGUCGCCUUCUGCGUCGCCUUCGGCCUCUCCUACGGCAUGGUGGGCGCGCUGCAGUUCGAGGUGCUCAUGGCGACGGUGGGUGCGCCCCGCUUCCCCAGCGCGCUGGGCCUGGUGCUGCUCCUGGAGGCCGUGGCUGUGCUCAUCGGACCGCCCUCUGCCGGCCGCCUGGUGGACGCACUGAAGAACUACGAGAUCAUCUUCUACCUGGCUGGCUCUGAGGUGGUCCUGGCUGGGGUCUUCAUGGCCAUCGCCACCAACUGCUGCUUGCGCCGCCGCUCUCGGCACGCCCAGACGGCGCCAGGCACCGAGACUGGGGCCAGAGACACGGAGGAUGCCGCGGCCGAGGAGCACUCGGAACCCUUGCCCGCCUGCACCGAGGCCCUGGAGGUGUUGAGCCCACCCGGGGUGGAAGCGGAGCCAGGGCUGGACACCAAGUCUGUAGCGCUUUAG